AUGGUUCUCCUCCCCGAGACUCGCGAUCGAGUACAUGGUCACUACCUCUGGUUUUCAGUCCACCUGUGCGACUUCUACGAAAGGCUGGACAACAUGCCCAAAGUCCAAGCUGCAAUGGAUGAGCUCUGGGCCGACUGGUAUAAGCAUCAGCCGGUGACCUGCAUCAUGGACCCAGACUAUAAUGACCUCCUCAAAAUGUUUGCUCUGUGCAUGUUUACCAGCACGAGCUACACCCGCGACAACCCUGACAAGUCAACUUGGGGCGAGAUGUCUCAUCUCACGCGCUUCUGCAUCAAGAUGCACCUUGUUCUCAGAGAACUCAAUCAAGAUAGGCAUGGUGCUGGCUGGUACGACAGUAUCGAGGCCGCUAUGCACUAUGCGAAGCUGAGAAUCAAGAUACGGGUUUCUGAUGCUGAGUUUGCGAGAGAUAUGGAGACGCUCAGAAUUCAUGAUGCGAUGCUUGAUGAGGGACGGCACCUGCUGGGGCUUUAG